AUGUCAUUCCAGAGUACCGUGAGCCUGUCCCUGGACAGUCCCACCCGUGUCAUUUGCGUGCUGGGCACGGAGCUCACCUUGGACAUCAGUGGGUGUGCACCCGAGAACUGCGAGUCCUUCACCAUCCGUGGCUCUCCCAGGAUCCUGAUCCACAUCUCCAGCUCAGUCAUUACUGGGAAGGGGGAGGCCGUGGUCUGGCGACCAAUGGCCCGGCCCAUGGAGGCACUGGUGAGGAUGGUGUCACCCAGCCCCGCUGUGGACGAGGACAAGGUGCUGGUCUCCUACUACUGUCCCGACAAGGAGUCCCCCACAGCCACAGCUGUGCUGUACCUCACCGGCAUUGAGAUCUCCCUGGAGGCAGACAUCUACCGAGAUGGACAGCUGGACAUGCCAAGUGACAAGCAGGCUAAGAAAAGAUGGGUGUGGGGCCCGAAUGGCUGGGGAGCCAUCCUGCUGGUGAAUUUAAAUUCUGGGGACACGGGCGAGCCUGAUGACCAGUCCAGUGAUCAGGAGGUCUCCAAAGAAAUACAGAACCUGUCUCAGAUGACCCUGUCUGUGGAGGGUCCUGCCUCUGUCCUUAAGGACUACUGGCUGAUCCUCCAUACCUCCAAGGAAGAGGCAAGCAAGGCAAGAGUCUACCUAAGCCAGAGUGGCAGUCACGCCUAUAAGCUGGUAGUAGGACCCAACAGGCCUGUCCAUGUCCUGGCUCCCUUUGAGAACGGAGGGAAAGAGACCUUCUUCAUAGAAGCCCUGGAGUUCCCAUCCACCAGCUUUACAGGCCUGAUUUCCUUCUCCGUGUCUUUAGUGGAACUGUCUCAUGACCAGUUAAUCCCAGAUAUCCCGCUAUACAAAGAUACAGUAGUGUUCCGGGUGGCUCCUUACAUCUUCACUCCCAGCACCCAGAUGCCGCUUGAGAUUUACCUGUGCAGGGAGAUGCAGAUACAGGGCUUUGUGGAUACAGUGACCAGGCUGAGUGAGAAGAGCAGCGUGCAGGUGGCAUCUGUCUAUGAGGACCCCAGCCGCCAGGGCAGGUGGCUCCAGGAUGAGAUGGCUUUCUGCUACACUGAGGCUCCCCACAAGACGGUGUCCUUGGUUAUUGACACCCCUCGGGUUUCCAAGCUGGACGAAUUCCCCAUGAAAUACUCACUGAGCCCUGGUAUUGGCUAUCUGAUGCACCAAACCGAGGACCAUGGAGUGGGCAGCCUGGAUUCUAUCGGGAACCUGAUGGUGUCCCCACCGGUCAAGGUUCAAGGCAAAGACUACCCGCUAGGCAGGGUCCUCAUUGGUGGCAGCUUUUACCCCAGCCCCAAGGGCCGGGACGUGAGCAAGACCCUGCGAGACUUUGUGUGUGCCCAGCAGGUGCAGGCCCCCGUGGAGCUCUUCUCAGACUGGCUAAUGACAGGCCACGUGGAUGAGUUCAUGUGCUUUGUCCCUGUGAAGGAUAAAAGUGGUGAUGGGAAGGGUUUCCGUCUCCUGCUGGCCAGCCCCAGUGCCUGCUAUGAGCUCUUUGAACAGAAGAAGAAGGAAGGCUUUGGAGACGUGACCCUAUUUGAAGAAGUCAGAACAGAGCAGCUGCUCUCUAAUGGGAGGGAGGCCAAAACCAUCUCCCAAAUCCUGGCUGAUCAGAACUUGCGAAAGCAGAACGAAUAUGUAGAGAAAUGCAUUAGCCUGAACCGCACCCUCCUAAAGAAGGAACUGGGCCUGGUGGAGAAGGACAUCAUUACCAUCCCACAGCUCUUCUGCCUGGAGCUGCUGACCAACGUCCCCUCCAACCAGCAGACCACAAAACUCUUUGCGAGGCCAUUCUUCCCUGACAUGCUGCAGAUGGUUGUAUUGGACAAGAAUCUAGGAAUCCCCAAGCCUUUUGGGCCCAAAAUCAAGGGCACCUGUUGCCUGGAACAGAGAGUCUGCGACUUACUGGAGCCCCUGGGUCUCAAGUGCACCUUCAUUGAAGACUUUGACUGCUACCUGACCGACAUUGGAGAUGAUCGUGCCUGUAUUAUUAUCCGCCGGGUGCCGUUUGCCUUCAAGUGGUGGAAGAUGAGCCCCUAA